AAAACUUUUUGAGUGACCUUUAAACAUUCAAAUUUUGUAAAUAAUAAAUAAUUUAAACCUGCUUUAUUUACUGAAAUCUGAUGCAAUAAUAGAGAAACCCGAUUUUUUAUUAAGAGCACUUUCCUUGACAGAGAGACAGUGCAGUUUUUACAAUCUUACAUUCCAGACGGUUUUUGAGGUUAUAACACGUUUCGCAUACCGGAACUUUAAUUGAGACUCUCUCAAAAAUCAUAUGGUAAUUUCUUCACAACUCAAUACCGAAGUUACAUCACCCUAAAACCCCAUUCAAAAUGAAUACUGAAAUGACCGCUAAAGAAAUCCGAAGCGCCUUCAUCAACUUCUUUAAAUCAAAAAAGCACGAAUAUGUUCAUUCCUCAUCUACAAUUCCCCUUGAUGACCCAACAUUAUUAUUCACAAAUGCUGGAAUGAAUCAAUUUAAACCCAUCUUCCUUGGUAUUGCUGAUCCCAAUAGUGAUAUGGCGAAAUGGACUCGGACUGUUAACACUCAAAAAUGUAUUCGUGCUGGUGGAAAACACAACGAUCUUGAUGAUGUUGGGAAAGAUGUUUAUCACCACACUUUCUUUGAAAUGCUUGGAAAUUGGUCAUUUGGGGAUUAUUUUAAAAAGGAAAUUUGCGCUUGGGCUUGGGAAUUACUUACAGAGGUUCUAAAAUUACCUAGUGAGCGAUUAUAUGUUACUUAUUUUGGUGGUGAUGAAAAAUCUGGGUUAGAACCUGAUUUAGAAUGUAAACAAAUUUGGUUAGAACUUGGUAUAAAACCAGAACACAUUAUUCCAGGGAAUAUGAAAGAUAAUUUUUGGGAAAUGGGGGAAACUGGACCAUGUGGGCCUUGUUCUGAACUUCAUUUUGAUCGAAUUGGAAAUCGCGAUGUUCCACAUUUAGUUAACCAAGAUGACCCAGAUGUCCUUGAAAUUUGGAAUUUGGUUUUUAUUCAAUUUAAUCGCGAAUCAGAUGGUUCAUUAAAACUCCUUCCAAAAAAACACAUUGAUUGUGGAUUAGGACUUGAACGAUUAGUAUCUGUAAUUCAAAAUAAACGUUCCAAUUAUGAUACAGAUUUAUUUCAACCACUUUUUGAGGCGAUUCAAAAGGGAACAGGGGCUCCAAAAUACCAAGGUAGGGUUGGAGAUGAAGAUAAAGAUGGUAUUGAUAUGGCUUAUAGAGUUCUUGCUGAUCACGCUCGUACUUUAACAAUUGCUUUAUCUGAUGGGGGUUCACCAGAUAAUACUGGUCGAGGGUACGUUUUAAGAAGAAUUUUAAGACGCGCUGUUAGAUAUGCGACGGAAAAAUUACAUGCCCAACCAAAAUUCUUUGCAAGUUUAGUGAAUACAGUUGUUGAGUUAUUAGGGGAAACAUUUCCAGAAGUGAAGAAGGAUCCACAAGGGAUUAUUGAUGUAAUUAAUGAAGAGGAGGAGCAGUUUUUGAAAACUUUAUCGAGGGGGCGAAAUUUAUUGAAUCGCACAAUCACAAAAUUGGGUGGGGGUUGUAAUAAUUUACCUGGAGAUGUUGCUUGGAGGCUUUAUGAUACUUAUGGAUUUCCUGUUGAUUUAACACAAUUGAUGGCUGAAGAAAAAGGUUUAGCUGUUGAUAUGAAUGGUUAUGAGGAAUCGAAAAAACAAGCACAACUUAUAUCACAAGGUAAAGGUAUCGGAAUUGAAGACACAAUAAAUUUAGAUGUCCACUCAAUAACUGAACUUCAACAAAAAGGAGUUUCCCCAACAGAUGAUUCCCCAAAAUACAAUUAUUCAGCAACAAGUACUUCUUUCGAUUACACUUUUGAACCAUGCGAAGCAAAAGUAAUCGCUUUACGUUUUAAUAAACAAUUCGUGGACUCAAUCACCACCGGACAAGAAGCGGGAAUUUUACUUGAUAAAACCUGUUUUUAUGCGGAACAAGGUGGUCAAAUUUACGAUACCGGUUACAUCGUAAAAACGGAUGAUGAAUCUGUGGAAUUUACGGUUAAAAACGUCCAAGUGCGAGGAGGUUAUAUCAUCCAUAUAGGCAACAUUGAAGGUGUUUUAAAAGUAGGGGACAAAGUUAAUCUCCAAAUAGAUUCAUCCCGAAGACGAUUAGUUAUGAAUAAUCACACCGGGACUCACAUUUUAAAUUAUGCUUUAAGGAAGGUUUUGGGUACAGAAGCUGAUCAAAGAGGAUCUUUAGUUGCACCGGAUCGUUUAAGAUUCGAUUUUACAAAUAAAGGAGCUUUAAAUGCGGAACAAGUCAAACAAGUUGAGUUAGCUUCAAAAGAAAUUAUCGCAACCAACAAAGAAGUUUUUGCUAAAGAAACCGCUUUAGGUGUCGCUAAGACAAUAAAUGGCCUCCGUGCUGUUUUUGAAGAAACUUACCCCGAUCCAGUACGAGUCGUUUCCGUUGGAAUUCCCGUUGAAACUUUAGAAACUGAUCCAUUUGGGCCCGAAGGAACGAAAACUUCCGUCGAAUUUUGUGGCGGUACUCAUUUAAAAUAUGUGGGUCAUUGCGGCGAUUUUGUAAUUUCAAGCGAAGAGGCCAUCGCUAAAGGAAUAAGAAGGAUUGUAGCUUUAACCGGCCCGGAAGCCGCAAAAGCUUUAAAAAAGACCGAAUUGUUAGAAAAUAAAUUAAACGACAUCAAAACAACAAUCGAUAAAUCCGAUUUUGAUUCAAAAGAAAUUGUUAAAUCAAUCGUUGAAUUAACCGAGGAAGCAUCACAUUCAAUAAUCCCAUAUUGGAAAAAAGAAGAAAUUCGAAACGCUUUAAAAACGUUAAAGAAGAACCUCGAUGAUAAAGAACGCGCUAAAAAAGCUGCAAUUGCCAACCAAGUUGUUGAUGAAGUUAAAUUAUUUUUAAAAGAGAAUCCGAAUUUACCGAUUAUUGUUAAAUGUUUAAACGCGGCGUCCAAUACGAAAGCUUUGGAUUCCGCGCUUAAACAAGUUAAGGCUUUAAGUCCGAAAUCUGCCGCUAUGUUUGUAUCGGUUGAUAUGGAUUGUUCAAAAGUCUUUAGUUUAGCUGCUGUACCUAAAGAAGCACAAGAAAAAGGAUUAAAAGCCAAUGAAUGGAUUCAACAAGUAUCGGUAUUGAUGAACGGAAAAGGAGGUGGAAAAGCCGAUUCCGCCCAAGCUUCUGGAACCAAUGUCGCUGCGAUAGAACAAGUUCUUAUUGUUGCUAAACAAUACGCCGAAACAUUUUUAGUUUAAUAGGUGUUUUUAUUAUGUAAUACUGAUAAAUAACACUGUUUUGUAAUUGUAAUUGAAUAAAUAAAAUUGGAAACAUUAAUUAUUAAAAUUAUAA